AUGUGGAUCGACAUCGUGUUUUGCAUCUUUCUCUUCUUGGUCGCCCCAUCGUCGCAAUUCGCCUGCCCGACACUUUCCGAUACACAAUUUUGUCAGGCCGACGUUUGUCUUUUCGCCUCAAAUCAAACUGAUGAGGGAACCGUUCAAUGGGCUGGCUGUCACUCGCCGCCAGAAGCCCUCAAUUUUCCGGUGAAAGGCUGCGUUGAAGCGCUUGAGAAGGGCAUAUCAAACAUAUGCUUGCAAAAAGGUAAAAUACAUUUUUGUUGUUGUCAGGGUGAACACUGCAAUAUCGACCUCAUCAAAGAGUUCAUAUUCGACAUUGGACUCUGGGAUUUAGUUCGAUUGAUUGGCGGCUUAUCGAUCGUUCUUACAGUUUUCUUGUUUUGCGCGGUGGUCGGUUUUAUCUGCAAGCGCUACUUCACAAGAACGUCGGAUCAAUCCAUGCCAAAAGUUCGAAAAGCCUUGAUCAUCGUUUAUGGAAUUCAAAUAUUCAUCGUUUCUAUCUGCUGGUGUUUACACCUUAUCCCGUUGCCUUCCAAAUGCCCCGAGCAUCCAAAUGGACGGAUAUCUAUUCCAAUCGGUUCACUUUUUGUGUCAACACAUUCAUUGUUGAUUGCAAUUAUUUUCUGGGCUGACAUUGCUUACAUUUUGGUAAAAGCUCGACAUCUAGCGACUAUGAAAAAGAAAACUAUGCGCCCGUUGACCCAUUGGAUCGAUCAAACAGUGAUCGUUGUUGCAUUCAACAUGUUGAUGAGUAUUCCAAUUGCUAUCCACUAUUAUUCGUCAACCACGAAGAGCAAAAAGUACUGUACUAAUGAUGUUUCCGAUUGGUUCCUUGCGAGCCAUUCAUCUCUUAUAGCUUUUGUGUUGCUCAUGGAUGUGUACCUUGCGCUAUUUAUUGCGAUUCUUGAAUGCAAAAAACGAAACAAAAUCGAAGCAAUCGAAACAGGGACGUCGAGUAUCGCUGAAAAAACAGAAAACACUAUGCUCACGACAGCGCAACGUAUGACGAGUCACGACGAGCUUAUUGUUGAACCGCGGCCUUUUUGGUUGUCAUCUAAAGGCGAAGGUGUCCUUGCUAUCACGAAUAACACCACUUUGCAAUGGUUAGCUGUUCGGGUACUCAUUUCUUCUCCGACUUACUACCGAAUUUCUCCAAAACAUCUUCUACUGCCUCCACAGCGAAAAGCAACGGUUGAGGUAUCAAUGAAGCUGGUGGAACAGAAGUCAAUGAAAGAACACGCGAUUAUGGUAGAAUGGUUUGAUGUUGGAAGUAAUUACCUAUCGUCUGAUCCCGCCAUUAUGUGGCAACGACCGUACAAAGCUCCUCCUUUAAAAUGGUCUCAUCAAAUUUUUUCAAUCUUUUAUGAACCGCAAAGCGCUUCCGGGAAAGAUUUGUUGUCUCACCCGGUCGACGAACGUUUCCUUUUCUCGACGAGGCCGCAGCAAACAACAAUA